AGACAUUUAUUCUUGAUGCAGAAAAAGAGUAGCUUUGCUUAAAGAAAAAGAAACCAUUUCCUUCAAAACCAUCAGGCAAAAUACCUUCCUCUAACCACAGGUUUCCUUCCUUCUUCUCUCCUCAACUUCAACCUAUUUUGUUAUUCAAUCUCCUCUGGGUUUGAAACAAAGAUUCCUUCUUUUCAGUAAAAAUUGGGUUUUUUUUUUUCAUUUGUUUUGGGUUCACACUCUCGGGAUCUGAGAUUGUUGGUCCUCACAUAAGAUAUUGGAUUGGAUUGGACUGGACUGGAACGAACUGACGAUUGUACACCAUGGCCAAUCUAAAUGCUUCGGAAUCCAUGGAACAAAAGGGAACUCUUAUGGUGGAUUCAAAUGUGAAUGUGCUUCAACCUUCUAUGAACCAGCCAAAGCGAACCUCAUUGGACGGUCCCGUGGCUAUCCUUUGGGAUAUAGAGAACUGCCCUGUCCCAAGUGAUGUCCGCCCUGAAGAUGUGGCCGGGAAUAUAAGAAUGGCUCUCCGAGUGCAUCCUGUAAUUACGGGAGCUGUUAUGAUGUUUUCUGCAUAUGGGGAUUUUAAUGCCUUCCCCAGGAGACUCAGGGAGGGCUGUCAGAGAACUGGUGUCAAACUCAUAGAUGUACCGAAUGGAAGGAAGGACGCCGCUGACAAGGCUAUCUUGGUCGACAUGUUUUUAUUUGCCCUCGAUAACCCUCCGCCUUCAUCUAUCAUGCUGAUUUCGGGGGAUGUUGAUUUUGCACCGGCUCUUCACAUACUUGGUCAACGUGGCUAUAUAGUCAUUCUUGUUAUUCCUGCCGGGAGUGUUUCAUCUGCACUGUGCAGUGCUGGUAAGUUCGUUUGGGAUUGGCCUAGCGUUGCUCGUGGGGAAGGCUUUGUGCCUCCUUCAAAGGCCUUAAUGCCUUAUCGAGGAGGGCCGGCUGAUAUUUCUGGGUGUUUCAUGGGGUGCCAUAUUGGUGACUAUCAAGAUGGCCAAAAUGAGGAAGAAGCGAUAAUUUAUAAGAGUGUUUCACAAAGCUGUUACAACUCGAGAGAUUUCACAGUAGCAUCGAGGUCUUUGUCUGAAUAUACUAGUAAUCCUUCAGUUGCCAUACCUUCUUUCCCUGCAACUUCGAGAUCGCAAAGUCUCCCAUCUGGUUUGAAUGAAGUGCCGGGAUGUCCCGGUGUUUAUGAUCAGAAUGAUGUCAUGUGGGUUCAGCCCGGAGACAUAAAUGGUUUGAAGGGACAACUGGUGAAAUUGCUUGAACUUUCAGGAGGAUGCAUGCCUCUUAUCCGCAUUCCUGCCGAGUAUAAUAAGUUUUUCGGGAGGCCUCUUUACGUGGCAGAGUAUGGGGCAUGCAAACUCGUUAAUCUUUUCAGAAAGAUGGGGGACACUCUAGCUAUUGAAGGAAAAGGUCACAAGAGAUUUGUCUACCUUAGAAACUGGAGAUCGAGCCCAAGCGCACCGCCUUUGGCUCUGGGGGCUGGCUCUUCUAACAGGUUUUCCGAUGAGGAAAGAGUGGUAGUCGAAGAAUGCGAUGAGAGGAAUAAUGGAGCAGCAAGUUAUGAUGUUGAUGACCAUAAUCUCGAUCAAUUUAAAUACGAGUUGCAGGAAAUUCUGGUGAGUUAUUCCUGCCGAAUUUUCUUGGGUUGCUUCGAAGAAGUAUACCAUCAACGCUAUAAGAAGAUGCUGGACUAUCGGAAGCUCGGUGUGGAGAAGCUAGAGGACUUGUUUGACAAGGUGAGGGAUGUUGCUGUCUUGCAUGAAGAACCGGUAAGCAAGAGGAAGUUUCUUUUGCAGUAUGGAUCUAGAAAAAUCCGAAAGACUCGUACUUGUAAACUCGAAUAAGAUCAGACAAUCGAGUUAUGUUGAUCAAUGCUUCGUCUCUUUGAUCCGUCUCUAGUUUUUUUCGUUUUCUUUUUUCUGUGCCAAGGUUUCAUAAUUGGCAGAUAAAACAUAGGAGGUGUAAUUCAUGCAUGGAUGUGGGAAGUUUAUGGAUUGUCAACUUCUAAUUUGCAACCUCUUGUAAAUUUAAA